CUCGUAUUUGGAUUAAAAGUGACGAUGAUAAUGCUUAUAUGAAAAAUAAAUUCUGGGAAAAAUUAACAAUAUUCCAAUAAUUUGACCAAUCAAUGUUUGAACCAAUCCUCCAUUAGUUAUGGUCCACCCUGUAUAACUAAAAUUGUAGACUUACUAAAUCACUUUCAAGUAACAGGCCAAACUGCAGCUAGUUACGAAACAGCUUACAAGUAACAGACCACGAACAAACAUGACAGAAGAAUUAUUCAAUAAAUAUUCAAGGAAAACCUGAUUUAAUUUUAAAUAUUUAAAAAUUCAUUUCAUUACCAUGCGAUAACCUUGUACUUGAGUCAGUUUAUCGUGUAUUUUUACGUAUACCCUAUCAUGCGUAGGAACGACAGUCGUAUAAUGUAUCCCAAACGGUAACGAUUAUUAUUCCUAAUUAAAGCUGCCGUUUGUGCGCCGCAAAAUGUUGUCGAGGUUAGCAAAGAGCGGCUGCACAAAAUUCGGUAUUUUCAAUAACAAAAAGGUUAGUUUGCAUAACUGUUUGCUAAUAAACCUACAAAAUACAUCCGCCUAUACGAAUCAUAUAGAAGAUACGCCUAAACCCACGUUAAUAGCGAAAUUAGUGAAUAGUUCACCGAAGCAAGUGCAACCCUAUCUGAAAUUGGUUCGUUUCGAUAAUCCGAUAGGCAGUUUGUUAUUAUUCUGGCCAUGCAGUUGGAGUAUAGCCUCGGCGGCUCUUCCAGGAGCUCCACCGGAUUUUUACACGCUGGCAGUAUUCGCUACGGGCGCGCUAGUCAUGCGAGGAGCUGGUUGUACCAUCAACGACAUGUUUGAUAGGGAUAUUGAUGGUAAAGUCGGUCGUACGAAGAACAGACCUCUAGUCAACGGUGAAAUAAACAUGAAACAAGCUUGGAUAUACCUAGCCGGGCAGUUAAGUGUUGGUUUAGCCAUUUUAACGCAAUUGAAUUUGUACAGUGUGUGUUUAGGAGCUAGUUCCAUGCUUUUAGUUGUUAGUUACCCUUUGAUGAAACGCAUUACCUACUGGCCCCAAUUGGUGCUCGGUCUUACGUUCAAUUGGGGUGCUUUGUUAGGUUAUAGUGCCAUUAAAGGUUAUGUUGACUUGUCUGUAUGUUUGCCAUUGUAUUUCGCAGGAGUAUGUUGGACUAUUAUUUACGAUACUAUUUACGCUCAUCAAGAUAAAGCGGAUGAUUUACGCCUAGGGCUUAAAUCAACGGCUAUAAAGUUUAAUGAGGAUUCAAAAUUGUGGUUGAGUGGUUUCGGAACGACUAUGAUUGGAAGUUUGGUGUUAUCAGGGGUAAUGAAUGACCAAACUUGGCCUUACUAUACUGCAGUGGGCCUGGUAGCCAGCCAUAUAGCUAAUCAGAUUAUUUCAUUGAAAAUUAAUGAUUCUAAGGACUGUUCUAAAAAGUUUAUUUCGAAUUCUCUUGUCGGGAUGAUAUUGUUUGGGGGUGUUACUGCUGGUGUGCUGAUGAAGAAAGAAAAAAGUGAUAAAAAGCAGGCAGUGAUUGAUGCACCUGUUAGUCAUUAUGCGUAAAUAAUUCGAAUUUUUAGAUUUUAAGAGACUGUUGGUAUUUAUUAAAAAAAAUUGAUUUGCACUUUUCUGCAAACUAUAUCGAAAAGUCUAAUAACUUAAAGCAUUAAAAUUGUAGAAAUUUUAUUAAGCACUGUUUGAAAAGAAAAAUAAGAAACAUAUGUUAUACCAAAAUACAAUUUGUGUAAUUUAUUUAGUUUUAAUAAAUAUGAUCCGUUUAA